CUAAUUAGUAUUUGUGUGUCAUUUUCAUAUCGAUUAGAUGUAAAAUUAUUCCUCUGAAAUAUUUGUGGUAUUGUGGGGCUAGCUAAGAUCAGAAAAUAAAAAUCUAAUGUGAUUUGAUUUCAAUAGAAACCGAUAUUAUUAUUGGUCAGCAAAUAGCUGAGGCUGAACGAAGUAAGAUUGAGUAUUUAAUGGAUUCAGAAAAUAUUUGAUUACGAUAUAAAAAUGCCCCUCCCAAAACGAUCCAUUGAGCCAAUUCACGUCUCACGAUCCGCUUACCAACAAGAUGAGCUUCAAAUCAUUGAACUGGAAACUGUGACAAAUACAGCACUUACUAAUAUUAUUCGCCAGUUAUCGUCUUUAUCCAAGCAUGCAGAAGAUAUUUUUGGGGAACUUGCUCGAGACGUGGGGAAUAUUAGUAACCGAGCGAAUUCUUUGCAGGCGCGAAUAGAUCAUUUAUCAAUAAAAGUGACGCAAUUAGAUAGCACAAUGGAAGAUGUGCCGUUGACUGAUAUUACAAGAAAAAAAGGUUUUCGAUCCACCAAAAUAUUCGAUCAAAAAAUUUUUUCCCAUUCAACAAUGCCGGCUCCCAUGCUAGAGACGUAUUCGAUGUGCGAUAAACCACCGCCAUUAAACAAAUUGAAUAAUUACCGAGACGACGGUAAAGAUGGCCUUAAGUUUUAUACCGACCCCAACUACUUUUUUGAGUUAUGGCGGCAAGAGAUGCUAAAAGAUACGGAGAGGGUUAUGCAUGAUAAAGGAAAAAAAUUAAAUCGCCCUCGUCAAGAUGGUGGAAAUAAUUGCAUUAGUAUUGCAGGAAGUAAAAAGCGAGUCAGAAAGCCUCACAAUACUAGAGAAAAACAAAGAUUGCUUGCCAUUGGACAAGGAGAGACUCUGAUGCCAAACAAUAUUAGCUACCAAACUCCAAAUUCAAUUAUCAACAUGGAAACCGGAUAUGGCAACGUUAUAGAGUCACGACACCAUCGUCCAAAUUCGAUUGACCUCCGUAAUAUCUGUAAUUCCGAACAAGCGAUCGGCGGUUUUUGCAGUCCCGUUAAUUCAUCUAUUGCUUCGACUGUUAUUGCUGACAUAAUUGGAAGCCAUCCAUCUACCCUUGGAAAAAAUGAUAAUGGCAUUUUGGCAAUGCAUUCCAUGCAUAAUACUGAUCAAGCGUCGCAAAUGCAAGAUUUAUAUGACGACGAAUUGUAUAAUAUAAAUAAUGAAAAUCAACCAUGUUAUGAACAAUGUGGUUCGUUGGCUCCUGAGGGGAUGUGUACUCCAGGUAUAAUUUCGCGCAUGAAAAUUCGUCCUUCCCAACCUCCCCCUGCCCCACCAUCCAAUGGAAGCAGAAAUGGUACCCCUGUAUCCUCUAAUGCGAAUACUCCAACACGUGGCCGAAAUAUUUCCAACAAUCGCGAUAUAUUGCCACCUCCACCACCCAUACCCGAGGGCGUAAUGAAUACAACAUCACCACCACGAACAAUUGCUGUAAUAAAUGGAACCAUUUCCAUGGAUAACAAUUUUGCCAAUAUGGUUAACGUUUCCCAGCAACCUAAUUACCAUGAUUUGCCGUCUUCAGCACAAUCGGAUCAUCAGCAUUCUAAAAAAUCGUCAACCAAUGUAGCUCCUCCACCGCCACCUCCACCGCCUCCACUUUUGCAGAGUGAAUUGGUACAACAAGGUUCUCAGCUGGAACUGAAAUCCCUGAAUGGAGAUAUUCAUAAGAGGAUUAUUAUUGAUGAAACUACUCAGCACGUGAUUAGUCAGAAAAGACAUUUGCCGCCAUUCUAUGACUCUCGUACUGAUCUUAUGAAAGCAAUACGUGACGGUAUAACUCUUCGGAAGGUUGAGAAAUCAGAACAAAAGGAGAUCGAAAGAAACACUGCUUUGCAUGAUGUAGCUUCAAUCUUGGCAAGACGUGUUGCCAUUGAACUUUCUGAGUCGGAAGAGUCAGAUACUGAUGACGAUAGUGAGGGAUGGAUGGAAUCAGUAGAAAAUUCAGGUUGAAAUCGGUUAUUAUAAUCAGCAAACUCGGAAAAACUUUAAAGCAGUGAAAACAAUUUAAUUAACUAUAACAAAUACAACUGUACACCUUUAACGAAUUAUAUUAUUUAAUCUUAA